GGUUGGUCGGCGCCCGCAUCAAACGCCGUCACUGCAAGCUAUAAAAGACUGUGCUCUCGGAGACGGGUUCCCCAGCCCUCAGUUGAUCUGUGCGAGCCAAGCUUUUCGAGUUCAAGUACUGGAUAUUCGCUUUUAAUUCGUCACGACCUCUAAACCCUACACCUCUUACGACACUCUUUGAGUUUAUAUUCUUCACGUUCAAGAUGCGUACCGCUACCGUUCUCGCCGUUCUCGCCGUCGCCGCGCCUGUUGUCAUGGGCGGUAAGACUAGGGGUAAGAAGAUCAGUAUCGCCAAAGUGUCGAAGCAUGUGGGACACAUUGCCAAUGCCGCCGAACACGUUGGGAAUGCUGUGAGUGCGUUCAGAGGGAACGGGAACUCACGACUGCUGACUACGACGAUCUCUACGCUCGCGACUUCGACGACGAGCUCUAUGCUCUUCGACGAUGCUCUCUGGGCACGGAAUGACUUCGAGGAUCUCUUCGCUCGCGCCUACAGUGAAGCUCAGCACACUGAGGCAACGCCUGGCCAGAACGCUGAGAUUCCGGCGGCGCACCAGCAGGGCCACACCGGCCAGACGUCCCACGACUCCAACGCGGUGACGAACGACCAGCGCCACCAAACGGGGGUGAAGAGUCAGCAGGGUCCGCACACUGGCCAGUCCGCUGAGCACCCCAACGAGCACGCCGCGACGCACCCCAAUGAGCACGCCGCGACGCACCCUAACCAGCACUCGAAAGGGAAGCACUCAAAGGGGAAGCACUCGAAGGGGAAGCACUCGAAGGGGAAACACUCGAAGGGCAAGCACGCAAAGGGCAAGCACCCGAAGCACACAGGCCAGCAAGCUCACUCGACCGGACACUCCGUUGAGCACCCAGGCCAGCAGGCCCACUCGACCGGACACUCCGUUGAGCACCCAGGCCAGCAGGCCCACUCGACCGGACAUUCCGUUGAGCACCUAGGCCAGCAGGCCCACUCGACCGGACAUUCCGUUGAGCACCCAGGCCAGCACUCUCACUCAACCGGUCACUCCGUUGAGCACGAGGGCCAGCACGCUCACUCGGGCGAGCACAACCGCGUUGAGAGCGGUGCUCAGCACGAUGUUCAGCACCUUAGCACCCAGCACGGCCACGCUGAGAACGAUGUCCAGCACCCUGGGGAGGCUGCCGCCGUCUACAGUCGCGAGUUUAUCGAGGACUUCCUGUGAGUGUCGCUUCACUCGUACGCAGAUGAUGCAGUACUCACGGUGCUGGUGGCUCUCGUUAGCAUGGCUCGUGGCAUUGACAUCGACGAGCUCGACUGAACUUCCCUCCCCCUCCUCAACACGCAACUUGAACUGUGAUGAUUAUGACGAUUUAACUGGUGUAUUUAAC